CAUCAGAAGCAAAGCCCCAAACCCUCUCUCCUAUCAAUUGCAGGACUUGGAUGAAGAAGAAGAAGCUUGCGCUCUGUUCCACGCCAGAAAAUGGCUGCAUUUAUUUAUUCUUUUUCAAACCUUAAAAUCCUAAAAAGCCCACAGUUUUUUUGGUCUGGUUCUUCUUUUGAUUGGGAUUUUCUAGGAAAUACUUUGGAUGGGAAUUAGCCUUGUGAUUUCUAUUACAAGGUUACUACAAUCUUGUGGAUUUAACAAAUUAUGGCAAUUUGAGAUACCCCUUGGAUUGGAGGUAAUCUGAUUCAUGCUUGGCAUUUCGGUUGCACUUUUUCAGUAUAAAUAUAUGCUUCUCAGAAAAUGCAUCAUUAGGUUGAAGACUCUGGAAGAGCUUUAGUGUAGGUAGGAAAAAAUGGCAACCAGACAAGAUGUUGAGAAGGGUAAUGACACUACAACAAAGCCACUUAUUGGGCAAAAAAAAGAAGUACAAAUCCAGAGCAACAAUGGUGGACUAUGGGUGGUUCUUCUUAGUACAUUGGUUGCUGUCUGUGGCUCUUUCGAGUUUGGGUCAUGUGUAGGAUACUCUGCACCUGCCGAGUAUGGUAUAAUGGAUGACCUUGGGAUAUCUUACUCAGAGUACUCAUUUUUUGGGUCCAUAUUGACCAUUGGUGCGAUGAUUGGUGCUAUCACGAGUGGGCAGAUUGCUGAUUUUAUUGGUCGAAAAGGGGCCAUGGGGAUGUCGUCCAUGAUCUGUAUAGCAGGAUGGUUCACAGUCUACUUAUCUUUUGGAUCUUUUUCCCUUUAUUCUGGGAGAUUUUUACUAGGAUAUGGAAUUGGUGUUCUUUCUUAUGUGGUACCAGUCUUCAUUGCUGAAAUAACACCUAAGAAUCUUCGAGGAGCACUAGCAACAGCAAAUCAGCUCUUUAUUGUCACUGGCCUGUUCAUUGCCUAUGUUAUAGGUGCAAUCGUAACAUGGAGGAUAUUGGCUUUAACAGGAAUUGUCCCAUGCAUGGUUCUUCUCGUGGGUCUCUUUUUCAUUCCAGAGUCCCCUAGAUGGCUGGCAAAAGUUGGCAAUGAGAAAGAAUUUAAACUUUCACUACAAAAGCUUCGGGGUGCAGAUGCUGAUAUUUCUGAAGAAGUGGCUGAAAUCCAAGAAUAUAUAGUGACUAAUGAGCUCCUCCCUAAAGUCACAAUAAUGGAUUUGCUUGGUAAACAAAACAUCCGCUCAGUCGUUGUUGGAGUUGGUUUGAUGGUUUUUCAGCAGUUUGGAGGAAUUAAUGGAAUUGUAUUCUAUGCUGGUCAAAUCUUUGUAUCUGCAGGAGUCCCUCCCAAUGUUGGAGGCAUUCUUUAUGCUUGUCUACAGGUCAUUGUUACUGCAUUUGGAGGAAGCUUAAUUGACAGACUUGGGAGAAGACCCCUUUUGAUAGUUUCUGCAUAUGGUAUGCUUCUUGGCUGUCUAUUAACUGGAACUUCCUUCCUUUUAAAGGCCCAUCAGCUGGCAACCAAUUUGGUUCCAAUCCUUGCAGUGACUGGCAUUUUGGUUUAUAUAGGCUUCUAUUCAGUAGGAUCAGGAGCAAUUCCUUGGGUUAUAAUGUCUGAGAUCUUCCCACUACACAUAAAGGGAACUGCUGGAAGCCUAGUGACAUUAGUGAAUUGGUGUGGUUCUUGGGCUGUAUCCUACACUUUUAACUUUCUCAUGAAUUGGAGCUCACACGGUACAUUUUUUGGAUAUGCAUUUGUUUGUGCAGCAGCCGUAGUAUUCAUAGUCAUGCUGGUACCUGAAACAAAAGGCCGAACUCUUGAAGAAAUUCAAGCUUCCAUGAACUGAUUGAUUUCAUAUAGAAACAAUACAGUUACAAAUAACUGGUGCAUCUUUCAAUGGAGCCAUUUAGAAAGGAGGAUCAUUUGAUCUUUUCCAAAAUAAAAUUCAACCCCUUGAUUCUGUUGCAUUGUUCUAUGGCUUUUGUCAUCACUAUUACUACCCUGGUUCUGUAUUUCCAAUGAUCUACUAAGGUCUUUUUCUUGA